GUUCACGCUAUAUAAAGAAUUUGAAUCUAUUCGUUGGUACAAUUCCAAUUCCUAUAUAAACCCAAACCCAAUCUCUUCUCCUUAAACCCUACACUUUCCCACCACAUUUUCUCGGGAAAAUGAGCUGGAAAACCACUCACAACACUUGCCUUCUUCUUUCCAGGGGUUCGUCGUCGUUGUUAAUUAGUUCAUUGUAUUGCUGUGGAUUGGAGAAGCUAAAUAUAUGUGAUUUUGAAUCAAUCUAUGUUGAAUAGCAAUGGGGACGAAUUGACUGUUACUUUUCUAUCAAGAUAUUGUUGUAGUAUCUGCUUUUUCAAGGAAUUCUUAUAAGAUUUGAGAAAAUGGUUGGGUGUAAUAAACCGCCUAGAAGUGAUCAACCUUCAAUCAAAUACAGGUCUAUCCCAGUCAAGGGGGUGUCCCCUGAGCUUGCUGAUUUUGUUCACGAAGAAUAUGCUCCCACCCUCUCUGUUAAUGAAGAUCAGCAAUGCAAUACAACAUCUGUACCCAAGUCACCAGAGAUUUUGAGUACAGCUCAGCUCAUCUCAGCAGUUGGUCAGAUAUGGGAUUGUGCAAGUCGUCCUCUUGCUUUUCUCCAACCUAAGAAGAAUUUUCACUAUAAUGACAAAGACUUUGAGAAAAAGGAAAUCUUGGGUAAUCUGGACAUGCAAGGACAUGGCAGAGUACCUACUUCAGCUGAUAGUAAUUGCUUUCAUGUUGAUGUAAGGACUGCUGGCCAUAUUUCACCUAUGGUGCUGCCUAACUUGGAUUGUCCUAAAGCAACCCAGAAGAUGUCAAUAAUUGAAAGGCAUGGUGAAAAUUAUACUCAUUCAUUAUUCUGGAGUUUUUUGCGAGGUCAUAGCAACAUGUCUAAUGAAUUGUGGAAGGAAAAGGGGCUUUCAGGUGUUAAAAAUUCUUAUGAGUUGGGAAAUAUAUAUGGAUGGAUGGGUGAAAUCAUUCCUGCCAGACUAAAACAUCCUGUUAAAGUUACUGAAAUUGAGAACAAGAAAACUGGUGAGAGCUGCUUUUCAGGAGGUAUAACUAGCUCAGCAGGUAGCUUCAUUUUAGGAGAUAGGGCUAGCCCUGCAAUCUUGGCCAGUUGUAAUUCUGAUGUAAUCAAAUGUAAUGCUACAUCAUCAUCUAAUAAUGUAAGUUUUGCAAUAAAUGCAACAGAAAUGACCUCAUUGUAUAAAGAUUAUUUCCUUGAUAUCCAAGAUAAUCAGGCAGAUGUUGGUGUUUCAAGGAGCCCAAGUUCGAGUAUCUAUGCAGACUAUCAUAUUAACUCUAUAGCUUCAUGUAGUAGUGCAUUUGAGAAAUGCCAGAACAAGACUGAUGGUAAUGAACUGCCUGAGAACAACAGAAAACAACCACAAAAGUCUGUUGUUGAGGAUGAGUAUAAAGCAGAGAUUCACUCCUCAGCACCAAGAAAACCCUGUUCUGUCAUUGCUAAGCAAGAGCAUGCCUUUGCAGGGGCAUUGGCUGGUAUAUUUGUUAGCCUUUGUCUGCAUCCUGUUGAUACGGUUAAGACAGUCAUUCAAUCUUGCCAUGCAGAGCAAAAGUCUAUCUGUUACAUUGGAAAGUCAAUUGUUUCUGAUAGAGGUUUAACUGGACUUUAUCGUGGAAUUGCUACCAAUAUUACAUCUUCAGCUCCAAUUUCUGCACUUUACACUUUCACAUAUGAAUCAAUUAAAGGAGCUUUGCUUCCUCUUUUCCCCAAGGAAUAUUACUCCAUUGCCCAUUGCAUGGCCGGUGGUUGUGCAAGCGUUGCUACUUCUUUUAUUUUUACUCCUAGUGAGCGUAUAAAGCAGCAGAUGCAAGUUAGCUCACACUAUCAGAACUGCUGGAAUGCAUUUGUUGGAAUUAUUGGAAAGGGUGGUUUACGUUCAUUAUAUGCUGGGUGGGGAGCAGUACUCUGUAGGAAUGUUCCUCACUCAGUUAUCAAGUUCUACACAUAUGAAAGCCUGAAGGGUGUGAUGCUGUCAUCAAUGCAGUCUAGUGCUCAACUUAGUACAUUGCAAACAUUAGUAUGUGGAGGACUAGCUGGAUCUACUGCUGCUUUGUUCACAACUCCUUUUGAUGUGGUGAAGACGAGAUUACAGACACAGAUUCCAGGGUCUAUGAGCCAAUACGGCAGUGUCUUCCAAGCCCUUCGCGAAAUUGGCAAGAAUGAAGGUUUGCAAGGCCUCUACAGGGGAUUGACUCCAAGAUUGGUCAUGUAUAUGUCUCAAGGAGCAAUCUUCUUUGCAUCAUAUGAAUUUUUCAAGAGAAUGUUUUCUUUAGAGGAGCCUCGACAUAAUGCACAGACAAUCCAGUACAAACAAAGCACAAAAGAUGAUGAAUCAUCAACAUUACCAAUACUAUUACCAUCAUCAUCUGCAUCAUCGGCGUCCUCCUCCUCAUCAAGACUACGGAGUCUACAUUCAUGAUGAUUUAAGAGCACAUGUAUGAAAGGGUUUCUUUUUGGGUAGGACAAACAAAAUUUUGUUUGUGGUUAUUGGGGGAUAGAAGGAUUGAGGAAAGCCAUGUCUUCAGCGUAUUUGAGAGAACCUCCGGAGCCAUCAGUUGGAAAUGUUUUGUAACCAAAAUUGUUACUGACAAAAUUAGGGUGUAGAAAUCCGAUUGUAUUUUUGAAGUGUAGUGAGUGCUGAAUAAAAUUUGUCUUUACUGCGAGUUUUUCAUCGGCGUUUAGUAUAGGUAGUGAAUCAUUCUUGAAAGUGUAAUAUAUAUAGCGGACGUGAUAUCACUUUUGUACAUCUGAGCAUUGUUAAAUUCGUUGACAAUAAAGUAGCAAAUCUUUUAGUGCAAA